AGGAAGAAGAAACUAGGUUGAAGAUGAAGGAAAAGCCAAAGAAAGCUGCGGGUGAGGAUGAGAAGAAAAGAUCUUUCAGGCUAGACCUGAAAGUGUUAUCCAAGAUGAAAGAGAACAAUGAGACCAUCGAGACUCCAAACUCCUUCGGCAAUAUACCAGGGGUUGAAGUCAUGCAUCAACUUUUCUCAAGAUGUGAGAUGACUGUUAUCGGGUUCCAUAACCAUUGGCUCAAUGGAAUUGAUUAUGUUGGGAAUUCAAAAGCAAAGGAGUUUAAAGGGUAUAGACUACCGCUGACAAGAUCCAUUGUACUAUCUGGCCAAUAUGAAGAUGAUCAAGAUAACUACGAUGAAGUUGUCUACACAGGCCAAGGAGGAAAUGACUUACUUGGCAAUAAGCAUCAAAUGAAAGACCAAGUCAUGCUACGGGGUAACCUUAGACUGAAGAAUUGCGUUGCGUAAGGUGUGCCCGUUCGAGUAACUCGUGGACAUAAAUGCGAGAGUAGUUA